GCGUGCUUGUGGGGGCGGAAGACAGGCGUCAUUCCCUGGAACCUAGGGACUUCCUCUCUCUGCUUGUCUGGGUCAACUUGUCUGUCCAUUGCUGGCCCAUCUCUCUCUGGCCCCCUCUCUCACUCUCAGCAGCUGUCUCUCACAGGCCUGCCGCCCUGCCUUUUCUUUGCCUCCUGCUCCGCCUGCCUGGGUGGCCGCCAUGGGUCGGAAGCGGCUCAUCACUGACUCCUAUCCUGUUGUGAAGAAGAGGGAGGGGCCCCCUGGGCACAGCAAGGGAGAGCUGGCACCCGAGCUAGGGGAAGACACCCAGCCCCUCAGCCAGGAGGAAACAGAGCUGGAGCUGCUGAGGCAGUUUGACCUGGCCUGGCAGUAUGGGCCUUGUACAGGAAUCACAAGGCUGCAGCGCUGGCAUCGGGCAAAGCAGUUGGGCUUGAAGCCCCCCCUAGAGGUGUACCAAGUGUUGAAGACACACCCUGAAGACCCUCGCUUCCAAUGCAGCCUCUGGCAUCUCUACCCACUUUGAGGUAUCACCUAGGUUGUCCCGCUCUUGGCACUUCCUAGCCACCAAGAACUUCAGGACAGACAUCAUGGCCUGCUCUGCCCAUCCCGUCUUUGGAGAGACAGCAGGCUGACUUUGGAGGUCUUCCUGGUUCAGCUUCUUACUUGUCUAAACAACAGGCUGCUGAAGCUCCUGGGGACCUGUGAAGCCCAGUUCCUCCAAGUCCUAAUCAUGACCACCAGAUGCCUGCCACAUCCUCUCUGACCUAUGGUGUGGCAAGUCCAGCACAGUCUGGCAUAAAGCCAGAUGUAGGCAGAUAACCUAAAGGGCCCACCUUGGGCGUCUAGCUGCGGGUACAACUGGCUGAGUUCUUGAAUCAAAGAGCUCACUGAUGCUUACAAUAAAGUACAUUAAACCUGAAA